UUCUUGUUUUGUGCUUUUGUCUUCUGGUUGAAUGUCAAACGAAAUUUGUAAUUAUAAUGUCAGUGCGUACAGUGAUGUCGUAUUUGUAAUUAAAAUAAAAAUACAAAUAGUGCUUGUAAUAUACGUUACAGACAAUAUAAUGUGUGACAAUGGCCUCUGUAAAAGUUGCUGUAAGGGUUCGCCCAUUCAAUCAAAGGGAGAAGGAUAUGAAUGCAAAGUUAAUUGUUCAAAUGGAUGGGAAGAAAACACGAUUGCUUACUGUAAAAAAUAGCAAAGAGCAGAACGAUGGGAACAGAGAGAAGUACAAAGACUUUACAUUCGACCACUCCUAUUGGUCGUUUGACAGCGCCGACGCUAACUUCGCCACCCAGGAGCAGGUUUUCUCCGACCUGGGCCUGGACGUGAUAGACAGCGCGUUCGAGGGCUACAAUGCGUGCGUGUUCGCGUACGGACAGACGGGCAGCGGGAAGACAUUCACUAUGAUGGGUUCGCCUGACUCCCAAGGCCUAAUACCCCGGAUAUGUAGGCAGCUGUUUUCCCGGGUCGCCGCGGGCAAGGAAUCCGGCGCGUCGUAUCGUACUGAAGUCAGUUAUUUGGAGAUAUAUAAUGAGAGGGUUAAGGAUCUGCUAUCCACGGACGCUGGCCACUCCCUCAGGGUUCGGGAGCACCCCAAGCUGGGACCAUAUGUCCAGGAUCUGUCGAAGCACUUGGUGUCGGAUUAUGAUGAUAUUCAGGUGAGUUUAACGUAGCCAGAAUUCAAACUCUUUUUUAUCUUCGCUGCAGACAUUUUUUUUAAGCCUGGCGACAGCCUUUUGAUUUCUCUUAUCUUUCAAUCUUUAUUUUAUACCGUCUCCAAGGUGCACCUCGUCGACCUGGCCGGCAGCGAGCGCGCGGACGCGACGGGCGCGACGGGCCAGCGGCUGGUGGAGGGCGCGCACAUCAACAAGUCGCUCGUCACGCUCGGCUCCGUCAUCUCCGCACUCGCCGAGUCCAGCCAGCCCGACAAUCGCACACCGAAAAGCAAUAAGAAAGUGUUCAUCCCGUACCGUGAUUCCGUCCUCACUUGGCUGCUGAAGGAUUCGCUCGGUGGGAACUCUAAGACGAUAAUGAUCGCUGCGAUCUCACCGGCGGACUGCAACUACGGCGAGACGCUGUCGACGCUGCGCUACGCGAACAGGGCCAAGAACAUCAUCAACAAGCCGACCAUCAACGAGGACCCUAACGUCAAGCUCAUACGGGAGCUGCGCGAGGAGAUCGACAAGCUGCGCGCGCAGAUAUCGCACAACUCGGUGCCGGUGGAGACGGAAGCCGGCGUGCUCGCGACGCUCCAGCGCAAGGAGGCGCAGGAGAAGGUGCUCACCGAGAAGUGGACGGAGAAGUGGCGCGAGACGCAGCAGAUCCUGCACGAGCAGAAGGCGCUCGGCCUGCGCAAGAGCGGCCUCGGCGUCGUGCUCGACUCGGACAUGCCGCACCUCGUGGGGAUCGAUGAUAACCUCCUCUCCACCGGUGUCACCUUGUACCACUUGAAGGAAGGUGAAACGGUUAUAGGCAGCGAGGACUACAGCCCGACGCCGGACAUAGUGCUCAGCGGCGCGGGAGUGUUGCCGCUGCACUGCAAGGUGACGCUGCACGACGGCGUCGCCACCAUCGAGCCGGCCAGCGGCGCGCAGUGCUGGCUGAACACCGUGCUCCUGGAUAAACCGGCUAAACUGAGCCAGGGUUGCAUCUUACUUUUGGGCCGCACAAACAUGUUCCGCUACAACGACCCGGCGGAAGCGGCCAAGCUACGGCAGGAGGGCAGCGCCUCCAUGAUGAACCUCUCGCGCCUCUCCCUACUCUCGUGGUCCACCACCGACCUCGCUGCUAGCACGGAAAAUCUGAAUAACACCUAUUCGGACCUAGAGAGCGAGAUACGGUGCGAGCGCAUAUCGCUGCAGAGGGCCGAGCUGGAGCGGGAGAGGCAGCAGUUCGUGCUGCAGCAGCAGGAGCGGCAGCGCCGCUGGCACGCCGAGCGCGAGGAGCUGCUCAAGCAGCAGAAGCAGUUGGACGAGGAGCGCUCGGCGAUGGAGCGCGAGUACGCGGCGGCGUGCCGGCGCCUGUCGGGCGACUGGCGCGCGCUCGAGCGCGGCUGGACGCUGCGGCGCCGCGCGCUGCGCACGCGCCAGCGCGACCUCAGCGCGCGCGCGCGCGCACACGCCGCCGCCGCGCGCGCCGCCGCGCACCAGAUUGAGAAAGAGGAGAGUAUGAUCGUGGAGCUGGAGGGCCAAGUGGGGGGGAAAAGGAGGGAAUUGGACGAGUAUGUGGCGAACAGCAUCAGCGUUCUGCUGGCACAGGGCUGCCGGCUUGACGAGAACCUCUCGCCGAGCCCCGAGAGCCCAUCCUCCGAGACGUCCACCGAGUGUCUGAUGCACCUGCUGCAGCAGUGCGAGCCGAAGACGGCGCGCAACAUCACCGACACCGUCAAUCGACACCGGAAGGAGUUAGAGACACUAGAGCAAGAGCUGCAAGCGCGCGUGUCCUCGGUGGCGGCGCAGCGCGUGAAGGUGGAGCGGCUGCAGGCCGAGCUGGCGCUGCUGGCCGCCCGCCAGCGCGGCCUCACGCAAGCGCUCGCCGAUCCUGACGGCGAAGGCGAUUUGUCGCCAAUAGAGGGUGUGAAGCGCAGCAAAUCCGAGUUGGUGCUGAGGACCAGGGACGAGGAACCCCCGGAGCCGCUCUCGGCUGACGAGAGGGAGCACUAUCGAGCUAAACGACUUAGCAUGCGGCUCAGCCUGGACCCGCUGCCCUCCCCGCCCUCCCCGCCGUCGCCCACGUUCCACACGGCCUCCUCCUCGCCGAAGCUCCCGUCGGAGUCAACCCUGGCGAGUCCGACGAGCCCGACCAGCCCGACCAGCACGGAGGGCUCGGCGCCGCCGCGCGCCCGCCGGAGCGCCAGCGUCGACGACAGCGACGACAUGUCCAGCACGGAGGAGUAUCACAAGCCGAGUAGAAUAGUAGAAGGGCAGUCGUCCAGCUCAAUGGAACGGUCGCCAGAAGAAAGACAUCAGAGGUCCAAAUAUAGGCGGCGAUUGGGCGAGCGUCGCGGGCGGCAAGUGACGGAGGCGGAGGCGCUGCGCGCGAUGCAGCGGCUCUGCUCGCGGAUCGCCUCGCAGAAGAUGCUCGUCAUCUCCUCGCUGGAGAACGACUGCUCCAAGGAGGACCUCAACAGGCAGAUACAGGUGCUGCAAGAGCUGCAGAAGAAGUACGUGCGGCUGGAGAUGGCGCUGCAGUACUCGUUCUUCGACAGCCAGCCGAGCCGGCGCACCAUCAUGGUGACGCCGAUACAGGAGACGCCCUCGCUGACGCUCAGCGAGAGCGACAUGCACGUCAGCACUGAGCCGGAGCAGACUGAUAACAAUGAUGAUGGCCUUGUGCAGGACUCGCUGCGGCAUAGGCUCAAGGACAGCGACGGUGUGGAAGCGUCAGACAACGUGUCCACGUCGAACGACGAGCUGAGCUCGGAGCCCUCGUGGCCGGACCCGCUUCGAGCGCUCGCUUCGCCGGACGCGAGCGACCUUGACCACGACCACGACCAUGACCAUGACCGUGACCGUGAUCUCGACCGCGACGAUUACCGCAGGGGGCGUGACCGCCCCGCGCCGUUGGUUAUACCGGAUUACACAUUGGAGGGUCUUCAUCAUCCCAUCGAUUUUUCGGAGGUGAUAUCAGUGCCGGGGUGGGUGACGCGCGGCGCGGGCGCGGGCACGCACCACGAGUACGAGGUGCGCGUGCGGCUCGGGCCGCACUGCGCGUGGCAGCUGCUGCGCCGCUACCGCCGCUUCCGCGACCUCUACCUCGCCGCGCGGAAGGCCUACGGGGAGAAGGUGGCGGCGAUCCCGUUCCCGCCGCGCGCGCUGUGGUCCUCCGAGGCGCUGGCGGUGCGGCGCCGGCCGCAGCUCGAGAGCUUCCUGCGGCGGCUGCUGGCCGCCUGCGCGCUCGACCGCCGCUGCCCGCUGCACCGCGAGCCGCUCACGCGCGACGCGCUGCAGGCCUUCUCGCCCUUCUUCCGCAAGGGCGUGUUCGAGAGCGGCAAGUGCGGCACGGGAUGAUGGCGCGCCGAGCUCGUGACGGGCGCGCUGCGCGCCGACCUGCGGCGGCUGGCGCACGUGCUGCUCGCCGCGCUGCUGCUGCUGGCGCGCUGCGCCGCGCUCGCGCUGCUCUACCUGUACGUGCGCGCGCGCCACCGCCGGUG